GUAUGAACCACGGCGCUGCCAUGGCAAAGGAGCUGGAAGACCGUCGCGACAUCGUUGUGGACCGCUGUUGGAGUCUGGCGCCCCUGUCGGCGAUGUCGGCCCUGCUGGCCAUGCUGAUAUCGAAGAACAGUGCACUCUUCUACGUGGCCUUCAUUGACGAAUUCGGUGUGAGCCACCAGAGCGCCAGCUGGCCCCUCACACUAAAUGUAGUGAUGGCGCACGUGGCAGGUUUGCUAGUCACGGUGUUGCAAGAGAGAUUCACCAUCUACCAAAUCACAAUAACCGGAAGUCUGCUGAACUUCAGCGCACUAGUGGCUUCAGCCUUCGUGCCCGACAUGACCUGGAUGUGUGUUACGUUGGGCUUCUUAAGCGGUUUAUCUGUCGGCAUGAUCAUGCUCUGCUUGUCGAUAUAUAACAUGCUGUACUUCGACAAGUACCGCGCCACCGCCAGCGGUUUCAAGUACACCGGGAUGACGUUGGCGCCGCUCGCCUUCCCUCUGCUUCUAUCGGCGCUGCUCAGAGAGUACGGCCUCCACGGCGGCUUGCUGUUGCUCUCGGCAAUCACUGUUAACACCCUGCCCGUCGCCAUGCUCAUGAACAAGCCCCGGCCUCUAAACAUACGCUGCGGUUGGCGAAGCGUUGACCCUGCUGAUAAAAACACGGAUAGCUGUGGUAUAGACAGCCAUCGUGGAGUAGAUGCAAAUGGCGUACCAAAGGCCGUUUAUUCGGGAACUAUAAAAAAUGGUGGCGAUGUGUUCUGGGAAGACUUUCGUGGACAUCAGAGCAACUCAUCUAAUGCCACCGUGUUGCGUACUAAGAAUAACAACGCUUCUGACUCUACGUGUGGGACAGGCUACAAGCUGAACACCGUGACGGACGUUGUUCGAGAGAAGGACGAGGUGUGCCACCGAAACGGGACCGCUCACUCUCCGGCUGAUAAGGGCUGUGCAAGGGUUAAUGGUGGGAACUUCCCGCCCUCAAAAGGACCCGCCAAGAUAACGUGCCAAGGAUGCUGCAAGUCAUCUCGCGCGGAACACGACGAAAAUUGCCUCGCGCGAACGAAGACACCAAACAGCGUCUGGAGCAGCAUCUUGGUGCUCCUCAAGAACCCAGUCCUUUACAUUCUCGUAGGCACAUUCACAAUCGGCGAGUACACUACGAUCACUUUCGAGACGACAGUCUUGGACUAUGCGGCAGACAGAGGCGCCGCGAGGCGUCAAGCAGAACCCAUGGUCAUGUACGUUGCUACGGCUGAAAUGCUGGGACGGCUAGUGAUACCGUUCUUCUGGGAUCGUGCGCGGCUCAGCCGCUACCUCCUGGUGGCGAUGUGCCUGCUGGCUGAAGCUAUCUGCCUGAUCGCUAUGCCACACGCCACCUCUUUUCCGCAGGUCGUGGCGACUGCCGUUGUUACGGGCAUUCCGGCGGGUUGUAUAGUGGCCUUGAAGCCCGUGGUGCUAAGUGAUCACUUCGGUGUGGAGAAGUUAUCGGUGUGCUGGGGCAUCGCCGGUGUCGCCUUGCUGCCUGUCGCCUUCGGUGGGCCUCUUCUCAUAGGUGUGUUUCGGGACACCUUGGGCUCGUACGAGAAUCUCUACCGCAUGUUGUCUGCCAUGUGCGCCACCUGCGCCGUCGCUUUUUUCGGUUUGGACUUUGCACUGACGCGUUCGCGGAGGUGGCAGAAGCUGGCCCAAGAGUCCUCUUGCACAUCUCAGUGGUUUCGGUCUCGGUUCUUUGACUCCGAAGUGGAUGUCAGAGACAUUUACUGA